AUGCUGCAAGAACUUUCUCAUAUGGACCGCAUCACACAGCUUCAAGAUGAGAUUCAGCAGCUCCUCACCAUUAUGUCUAAUAGCGUAGCAUAUCUCACUUCGCGCGCAAACUUUCUUCAGAAGGCGAGUUUUACUAGCAGCAUACCAAAUAAACGAGAGCUUGUGCGGGAUUUGGUUGUGAAAGCCAAGCAGAUUGACUACCUGAUCCAAUCUCUGCCUGAGCCGGAGUCCGAGGAAGUACAGGCGGGGCGGUUAGAGUGUCUCGAAGAGGAGAUGACGGAAGCUAAUACAGACUAUGUCCGAGCUGUCAAUCGUGCCAAACACUUACACCAGCAAAUAUCGGAUGUUUUGCGUACAAUGCUAGACGAGUCAGAUUUGAUCGACGAAAUGCCUGGUUAA